AUGAUCUUAGAUUUUUUUUUCCUCCCGCCUUUUCCAACUUUCCUGGUUUGGGGAGGGAGGAAUAUAGGGGGAAAUCGUCAUGCAAGGCAAAUCUACGAUGAUAAUAUGUGUACCGACCGUUAGUUGUCCCUCUUUUUCAAGGGUUGCCCUAGAGUUGGGCAGGCACGAUAGGUAGGAGCGACGAUGAUGAUGUAGUUCCCGUCCUAAGUCUCGGGGGAGGAAAACCUUAGCCUUCUUUUUGUGUUGUCUUUACCUUUUUUUUCUUUUUUCUUUCUCCCUGCUGUUGUGGACUUUUUCUGAUGCUCCGCCUCUUUUUGCGUUUCGCCUGUUUAAACUAUUCGUUCCGUGACUGGAGCUUGCGUUUUCCUCCGCCGCCCACUCAAUCGAGCUUGAGGGAGAGCGGGAUACGGUAUAGGUAGUUGGGGGGGGGGGGGGGAACAGUGAGAGAACAAAAGAGCCAACGAUUCUACCACAUCCUGCACCACACGCGCAGCGAAUUGGGGGGAGGGGGGUCGGGAUUCGAUGUCGUAUGGUUAAUGAGCCGGGGGAAACAGAUGUGACUCACACUCACUGGUGGUUCGUCUCUCCCACCUGCUUCCUUUGUCUUCAAUGGCUGGAACGUGCUGUGCAUUAUGGGAUCCGGACCCCACCCACAACCGGCAGUAGGGUUUUCUCUGCUGGCUGGCGAGAACCUCUAGAUGAAAAAAUGAAAAAAGGUGUAACAGGGAAUUCUGGGAGGCGAUGGAGGGGUGAAGGAAAAAUGGUUUGGAUAACUCAAGUUUGGGUUUCGCUGUCGCGGUGAAAAGUGGGUAUCAUAACGGGGAAUGACAAGCUGAGGCUCAUCAUGUAGUUGUGGUUGUGGUACAGUACUCUAGACUCUGCAGCACUCUAGUUCCCGACCCUUCUCUAUCACCCACGAACUCCGCCCAUUCGGCUGCGAGCGAGGGGAAAAGAAAGUGGAAUGACUGAGUCGAGGGUUGGAUUUGAAAUAUAUGUGCACUACAGGGAUGGGACGGUUGGGUAUGGAUUGACAAGUGCUUACGGUACGGUGUGAGUACCGUAGUGUACGAGUAAAAGGUAUGGACAAAGCGAGGAAUAGCGAGAAAAGGGAGGGCAUUCCCGCGUUAUGGCAUGUGUAUGCCGGUCUAUAUCAGACCUCUCCUCCGCUGAUUGGGUAGAUGGAGGGGGGGGAAGGGAGAUUGAGUGUGAUAGGAGAGGGGAAGUGUUGUGGCAGCUGGAAGGCAGGGAAGAAAAGAAGAAAAGAAGAAAAGAAAAGAGAACGAGAUAUUCUCCAUCGUUUGAUUGAUUGAUUGAUUGAUUGAGUGGCUAUGGUUCCAUGAUUCUUUCCAUCUAUUCCAACACUCUUGAUGACUACGAUGGUGGUAGAUCGUUUGCUCGUUAGCCGGAGGUGAGAGGUUCUGGGAAGAAUGGGGAAUGAGAGUCUCUCUCUCCAUUCGUCGAUUUUCACCUCCGUCCUCGUCUCCCUCUCUUUCCCCCCUUCGCUCAGUGCGUCUCGCUUUGCCGCCGGUGUGCUGCUGCUGGUGUUGCUUGCUUGCCUGCCUGCUUGCUUGCUUACGGUGUUUGUCCAAGUGCCAGCCAGUGCCAGCCAGUGCCAGCUUGCCCACCACACUGCCCCCCCCUCCCCCUCCUCGCCCCUUCCUUCACUCCGGUCGUUCCAUUCACUCGCCCUGGCACCCCUCCCACAUCACAUCCCUCCUCUUUUUCUUCCCUUUUCCUCACUUGGGCCCCCUUUGUGACACCCUUAAAAGGUCCUCCGUAUCCGCCUUCUUUGCUCUUGCUGUUCCCUUUCCCCUCCAUCAAUCCGCACGCCAUCCACGAGACACCACAAGGUACAAAUAAGCUUGUCUUUCCCUGCCAGCCUUCCCCACCAGACUGGUUAAGAUACCAUACCCUUUUCACCACCUUAAACAACCCCCUGUCCGCUCGAGCUUUUGAACUUUGAGCCUACUUCCUCUGAACCAAAAAAAAAAAAAAGAAAAGUAUCUCGUCUGAGAGCGCUUCCACCUCGUCUCGUGAACGAACCAAUUCACCCCGUCCCACCCCCACAAUCACGACUGGGUCGUCAUGUCCAACUUUUAUACACCAGGCACACAAUACGGCUAUGUCGAGGCCCCGGCCCCACCGCAGAUGGGAUCGGAUUUCCCCUACACCUCCCCAGAUGUCCAAUAUGCAGAUCCCAACUCCCCAAUGAUCUACCCGGUUACCCCAAACAUGUCACCAACGCCCUCGCGCGAUAGCUCUCGUACCCGGAGAAGCACAGUAAGCAAUACUGCAGGAGACCCAUACAUUACGAUCCCGGAACGUGGGCGAGGGACCUACUACGGUAACCAACUGGGCACCGGCAGUCGGGGGGUGGCCAGGUCCAACUCGGAGCGGUCCCGCACCCGCCCUUCAGUCUACAUGGAGAUCGCUCGCUCCGGCGGAGACCGAGGUUCACCCAGCGGGGGUAACUACUACUAUAGCAAGACUUACCGGGAGGAGGGGUCAACCUACAGCAACUCCUCCUACGGCGGCUCUCGGAAUCACUCUCGAUCUCAUUCGAGAGCACGCGGACAGCACUCCCGCUCUCCAUCUUGCGAUUCCUGCGAUUCCUUCGAGCCCACCGGUCAUGAGGUCGGGCUUCAUCAUGGUCCCGACGGGCACCAUCACAACGGGGAACUUGCUUCACUCACCAAACACUUGCGGAACGUUGAAUUACAACUAAAGCAGGUCAAAGCCGAGUCAGAAAGCAAGAAGCUGGCCGAGGAGAACGCUCGACUUGAGAAGCUCCGAACCGAUGAGAUCGAGCGAAAGGUAUCUGAGAAGUUGAGGCUGCAGCAUAAGCAGGAGAGAGAAGCUGCGGAGAAGAAGAAGAGACAAGAGGAGGAGGAACGUAGGAAGAUCGAGGACGCAGCGAAGCGGCUUCUCGAGGCAAAGGAGAAGGCAGUUCGCGAGAAGGAGCAAGAGGAUCGAAGGAAGAAGGAAGAGCUCGAGGCAACCAUAGCAGCUAGGUUGAUGGCCAUGGGCCAGCCGCAGCAACUGCAGCAGCCGCAGCAACCUUCUUCCCGAAGAACAUACACCAAGUUCUCCAAAGCUCACCUUUGCAAGGAGGCGCUUGACGAGCGUCAGAUCUCGUACACUGAGGAGGUCAGUUUGCAUCCCCCACCAAUCCGGAGAGAACGAAAAAGCUAACAAAACGGUGCAGCCCGAUUCCUUCCUCGUCCAUCGUGCCGUCGACAAGCAAGAGCAAAACUACCUCUGGGCCCGGACCAAGGAAAUUCGAGGUAAACCUAUCCUCCAUUUCCUACCCCCCACCCCGCCCGCUUCUCCACCUCGCCGUCUUCAGGGACUAACGAGUGGAAAAGGCUACUAUAGGCAAAUCCAAGAAGCUGCCGAUAAGGCCCCGGCCGUCCUUGGCCCUAACGGCGGAUACGUCAAGUACGUCCAGAUUGCCGGGCAGCCGUACCCGAUGGCCCUCCCGGUCACCAUUACACAGACCCCUGGCGGCGGCCAGACUGUAAGGGUUGACCCUAUCAAGAUCAAGUGGACGGAUAUCUUCCGCAGUGGUAAGGUCUAGAUUAGGAGACAAUAGAACCUACUACGACCCUGACCUGACGAUCUGAGCUACAAAUGCUGGUGUGGGUGGAGUUUGAAAUGGGAGAAGCCUAUCGUGAUUGAGGGGGGCUAUUUGUCUUGUUUUCUUUUUGCUUUUGCUUCUUCUGGCUUGUUUUCUUGCUACACUGGGUGGUUAUCUCUUGCUUUUUUCUUCUUUUUAUUUUCUUCUCAUCUCGUUCACCUUGUUCAUUCACAUUAUUCACGAUUAUCAUGUAACAAUGCAAAGGGUGGGGUAUGGUGGGGCCGGUUUUCAAAAUUUCUUUGGUGGGGGAGGGGAAACGGGCUGCGGGGUUCGGUUUGUUGGUGGUAGCGGGGAAAUUCCUGUUGGGUCUAAUUUGAGAGGUUUUUUUUCUUCUUUAUCAUCAGCAUCAUAUCAUACCCUUGGUUAUUUUUUUUUUCACCUAUCCUUAUUUAGUUUUUUUUUCCCUUUUCCUCACGUUUGUAAACUUGACGAUAGCGAAGGGCUCUGUUUUUAG